AUGGAGACUGAAUCUGUAAGAUCAGAAUUGAGCAGCCGCUCUAGGCGGAGUUCAAGACAUAGGCAGCAUACACAUAGAAGCACAAGAAGUUCCAAGUCACAAAGAAAAGACUGUAUAGAUAGUAGUAUGGCACCUUUCCAAACCAGUGUAAAUAUAAACCCUGAGAUUGGCCGGGAUGGUCAAGAAGUAAUAGAAGUUCAGAUACUGCCCCAAGAUGAGAAUUGGGGGGAGACCACUACAGCAGUAACUGGCAAUACAUCUGAAGGGUCAGGGUCAAUGGAGGAUGUUAGCAAUUGGCCUAUGGAAUCAGAUAAUGGACUUGGAUUUGUCUGCUCUAGAUAUUUUACCGCUACAGUGGGGCUAGGGCUUUCAUUUGUUUCUUUUGUAAGCCCAUUAGCUAUGGUAGUGUUGCCAAAAAUAGGAUUUUUUCCUGGAUUAUCAGACAAUAUUGCUAUUCAGCCAAGUCAAAGGAUACAGUUAUUAUCAUGUACUGGGGAAUGUAAAGGAAUUCUUCUUUCUAUAGCAUUUAAAUUAGUUUUGUUAGCGAUUGGGGUGUGGGCAGUGUUUUUACGUCCGAGAAAUGCAGUAUUACCAAGAAUAUUUGUGUUUAGAGCUAUGAUGUUUGUUAUAUUAUCGGUGUGUACAUUUUCCUACUGGUUAUUUUAUAUUGUUCAAAUCACAGAGGCAACAAAGGCACUGGCUGUAGGUGAGGAAGCUGUUGACUACAAAUCACUUGUGUCAUAUGUAUCUAGUUUUGCUGAUACACUGCUUUUUAUACAUUAUACAGCUGUAGUUUUAAUGGAGAUUAGACACCUAGAACCAGUGUAUUAUAUAAAGAUAGUAAGAAGUCCUGACGGUGAAAGUAGGUCCUAUUCAAUUGGACAGUUAAGUAUUCAAAGAGCUGCAGUAUGGGUAUUACAGAAAUAUUACACAGAGUUCCCGAUUUACAACCCAUAUUUAGAGAAAAUACCAAUAUCAAAGUCACAGAGAAAAGCAGCUUCAAGUAUUAAGUUUUAUGAAGUAGAUUCAACUACUAACGCUUCUACUGGACAACCAAGAAGUGGGGCAGGCUCUUGUACUGGUAGUGCUGGACGUCGUAGAGAUUCGGGUUCUGCCCACAAUGAGCGCUAUUAUGAAGAGGCAGAAAGAGAAAGAAGAGUGCGCAAGAGACGUGCUCGCUUGCACACUGCAGCUGAAGAUGCCUUUGCCCAUGUGAGAAGGGUGCGGUUGUCGGCUAAUGGUGGCGCUUUAGGACCCCGUGAAGCAGCGCAGGCUGUGUUUCCAUCUCUUGCUCGUGCGCUGCAAAAGUACCUCCGAGCUACAAGACAACAACCGAGACAUUCAGCUGACUCAGUACUAGCCCACCUCGCUCGUUGUUUAUCUCAAGACGCAUCUCCGCGUGCGUUUCUCGAACCAUUUUUAGUCGAAGGACCGGUUUUGGCCGCGGAACAAGAAGCACGCACAAUGCAGCGCUGGUCGCUGAUUUCUGACGAACUGUUGGCCCGUCCUUUAGCUGAUAACAUCGAAUUUCAGCUUCGUCAAGGCGAUAUUUCUCUCAUUUGUUCCAUAAAACAGAUGCCCAAAUUUAAUUUGAGCGAGGAAGUGGUGGAUCCGAAGAGCAAUAGGUUUGUAUUAAGGCUGAAUAGCGAGACGUCCGUUUGA